AUGGAAAACCAUCCUUCAGUUCUACGUGAGCGCAGAAACGAGAUUUUCGACCCCGCAAAGUCGUCCGCUAGAAAAGACGAACAAGCGAUGAUGAGGAACGCGAUGGCGCAGUUGGACGAAAGCAAUAGCACCUUCGAUGACAGCUACCCCAAAAUCACCGAGCUGCUGGGCCUCAUUGCGGAUAACGCCGUCGCUACCCACUCGGAACGCACUGAGAGAAUCACGGAGCUCCGGGACCUCCUUAGCGAAUGGGUAGCGAGGACGGAGAAGGCGAAGAAACAAUCGGAAAAUGUCGAGUCUUUGUUUGAUAGGCAGCGCUACGUUCAGCAGAUGGAGGCAGAACGGGAGGACCUAAUUCAGGAGAUUCUGGCUGGCACAGAGGAGACAGGACGACUCGAGCAGAAGAAUGACGACUUGAAGGAGAAGUUGGCGCACUUGGAACAAAUAGCUGAGUCUCUCAAGAAGAAAAAGAAGGAAGAAAUUCCGACGUAUCUGUUUCUGCGGAAGAUCUUUUGUCAAGUGUCGGCCACUAAGAUUGUCACUAGCGAUAGCGACUUGCUUGAGGGCUUCGUCUCAAAGUCUGAGCGCAAAGAAGUUCUUCCGUUCCGCUACGACCGGACGAAACCAACUUUUGAACGAGUCAACGACCUCUGGAACAAAAUAUCGGAAUAG